AGUAGCUGCAAUACACACAGGACAACUAGAAGUGAGACUGGGAAUACUAAAAGGAGGCUUUUCCCUUGGAAGUAAGAAAGGAAGAGCUCCAGCACAGAAGCUUUGCUGCAGAGGCCAUGGGCUGCUGGAAGCAAGAGAGAACCAACACCUGGACUUUCCCCACCUUGAUUCUAUGCCUCUACGGAUUCUUCUACAUGAUGAAACCAUCAGAACCUUUCCUAACACCAUACCUAAUGGGACCAGAUAAAAACCUGACCACAGAUGAGGUUACCAACCAGAUUCUGCCAGUUUGGACAUACUCCUACCUGGCUCUCCUUUUCCCAGUGUUCCUGCUCACAGACUAUGUGCGCUACAAGCCCGUCCUCCUCCUGCAGGGCAUCAGCCUCAUCCUCACGUGGCUCCUGCUGCUCUUUGCACAUGGCGUGCUGGCCAUGCAGCUGGUGGAAUUCUCCUAUGGCAUGGUCACAGCCACCGAGGUGGCCUAUUACGCCUACAUCUACAGCGUGGUCAGCACCCAACACUACCAGAGGGUCACCAGCUACUGCAGGAGUGCCACUCUGGUGGCAGCCACCGUGGCCGCCGUGCUGGGACAGCUGCUGGUGUCCUUAGCACACGUCUCCUACUUCUACCUCAACGCCAUUACCUUGGCUUCCGUGUCCCUGGCAUUCCUGUGCGCCUUCUUCCUGCCCAUGCCCCAGAGGAGCAUGUUCUUCCACAAGAAAGAUGCCCCUGAGCCUCUGCCAGGGCCUGGCAAAGGGCUGCCUGCGGGUGCUGCCCGCGGGCCCUGGAGCUGCCAAGAGGAAAGGAGCCCCGAUGCUGCUGCCAGGGCCGCGAGCCCCCAGCCCCAGGCUGGCAGGGCCGGGCCCCACAGGCGCGUGCUCAGCGUGCUGCUGCAGCUGGGCAGGGACCUGAGGGAUUGCUACGGCUCCCGCAAGCUCCUCUACUGGUCCCUGUGGUGGGCUCUGGCCACGGCCGGCUUUAACCAGGUGGUGAAUUAUGUGCAGGUGCUGUGGGACUUCCGAGCCCCCUCGCACAGCUCUGCCGUGUACAACGGAGCUGUCGAAGCAAUAGCAACAUUUCUGAGCUCACUAACAUCUUUCCUAGUACAGUAUGUGAAGAUUAACUGGGACUAUUUUGGAGAACUGGCUUUAGGGAUCUUCUCUGCAAUAGAUGCCAGUUGUCUGUUUCUCAUGCACUUCUCUACCAGCAUCUGGGCAUGUUAUGCUGGAUAUCUCAUUUUCAAGGCAUGCUAUAUGCUCCUCCUGACAAUAGCAACGUUCCAGAUCGCUGUCAAUCUGAGCAUGGAACGCUAUGCCCUGAUGUUUGGGUUCAACAACUUCAUUGCCCUGCUGAUCCAGACCAGUCUCACAAUAGCUGUGGUAGAUUCAAGAGGCCUGGGACUGGACAUAGUGACUCAAUUUUUAAUUUAUGGCAGCUACUUCGCAGUCAUACAUGGGAUUUUCAUGAUCAGAAGCAUUUGUGUGCUGGUCUCAUGCAAAUGCCAAAGAAAUAUAGAGAGAUCUUGCCCAGAACAGCUGAACCAGGCUGAGCACGAGUCCUGGAAGAAGGGCUCCCAGCAGGGAAGAAGAGCAGCAUGCAGGGAACAGUAGUGCAAGAAGAACGUUCAACUGAGCCCUGAAAAGCUAUGCUGAAUCAUUCCAGCACUUCAGCACAACAUAUGCCAGCAGAGAGCUCACCAGAACAGCACUGUGCCAAGAAUAAAAGAUAAGUUGCUUUAGAUUCUUAUUUACAUGCAUAUAAAUAGCUUAAAGGCAGUAAUUUAUACACAGAAUCAGAGCAACCACCUUUGCAUCCCCCGUGCAUGAUGGCAGGGGGCAGAGUUCACCCUGCCUUGCUCAUUGUAGCUCCUGAACGUGCUGCUGACAAAGCUGCUUCUGUCACAUUUGCUGAUGCAGUGGCUGAAGGUGCGACUCCCCUUUGCACAGCCCUUGUUCUGAACCAAGGAAGAAAAGAUCAUGUUUGCAUCACUCUAUUCUUUCAUACUCAGUACAGGCAGAUGGGGGACAGACUCCUCCUGUCUCAUCCCACAGCUCAGAGCACACAGGCUGCAAAAAUCUGGGCUUGCACAACCCAUCCUGGGAGCUUCACUGCAACACUGCUACAUCACAGUUGUUGCUUGGCCCACAUUUGAGAGCUACAAACACUGUGCUGACUUCACAGCAAUCUCUGCCGAGAAGGGAAUUCAGAGAACAAGUAAAAGGCAAGAGAACCACUCCUUUGCUUGUGCUUUCAGUAAAAUUAAAUUCAGGACUGAUUGUCUUCCUCUUUCAGCAGGAAAAUAAAUAAUAUGAAGGGGCUUAAGUAACACAGCCUAAAACCAGAGAAGGACAUUGUGGAGAAAUUUAGCUGAUUCCACAAAGGAAAAUUCCAGAUUAACAGGAAUAUCCAAGAAGAUUUAUAACUGAAACAGUGAGCAUCACAUGCUUUUGAGUGCCGAGUGAGGGAAGUCCACUGAUCUUAGCCAAGAAUUUGGCAGGAUCAGCCAAACUCAGAGUUUGUCAAGAAGCUCCAAGUCCUACAGCUAAUUUUGUCCAAAAGACAGUCCAGGAGAAGAAAAAAAGAGACUAGAAAUGAGUUUGCAUAGUGAAUGUAUAAUUUAAUAUGAACUAUAUCCAUAUGCUGAAGUUAUUUCUGUAGUGCUGUUUGCUUCUAGCUUCCAAUAUCUACAUCUAACUAAUAAAAACCACUUAGCAUUUACAGAAUAUUUUUCCUGUAGAGACACAAGCUAUCAUUUGUACAGACCAGCUUUUCAUAUCACUGUCACACACUGCAACUAGACAAAGUGCUCAGAGGCAAGGGCAGACAGGACAGAAUCAAUUUGUUUCAAGUCCCUAGAAGAAUCAGUAGGAUCUGACAAAAUGAACCUGGCUAAUUUUUUAGGCCUUUUGUUUACCACUGUGCAUUGUGGGGACAUUGCUGUAAACCAGCUCUAAGGAGAACAGUUUAACCAUUGCAGUCAUCAAAGUGGGAGAUUCACUUAGUUUCCAGUGAGAGUUCUUUUCUUGCUGCAGAACUGAGGGCAUGAUGCUCCUGCCUGAAGAAAUAAGGACAGAAUACAAGAGAGCAAGGACUACUUUUUCUAUUCUUUAAGAAUAAGCAAGAAUAAGUAGCAAUCUUCUUUUGAGGCACUCAGUUUAGAACUAGAUGUCAGUCCCAGACUAGAAGUUAACAGGAGCUUGUGUUUAAAUUAAAAAGAGGAACUUCAUAUUUUCAGCUUCAUUCUUACGUUCUGGCUAGAGCUAACUCUAUGUCUGUAGGAUGCCACUGAGAAGCAAAGAAACAGAGCAGACACAAUGUAUUUAGCUUGCAGCUUUAGAGAAAACCAUAUUAAGAAAACUAUCUGUUUUCUUUAAAGACUUUAAAUAAAAAUGAAUCAAUUCC